GAAGGGGUGGGAGCGGCUCCGCCACUGCUGCUGCUGCUGCUUCCCUCGGUUCGUGUGGGCUGCGAGCCGCCGCCGCCAGCCCUGGAAGACGGAGCCUGGCCGAGUGAGGGAGGGGGUUGCAGGAGGGGCGUUUGCGGUUCAUGGUGAGAGACCAGCCCCAGGCAGGCAGGCAGGCAGCCUCUGGGGGAAGGAGGUACAAACCCCAGGCGGCCGCCCUCCUUUCGGCGCCAGCAUCCCGCCUCUCUGAACAAUUGAGGAAUUUCCCGCUGCCUCCCCACCACCCCACUUCUGCCCUCCCAUGGGAUACUGAGGUGCGCGGAGCUGCUCCCCCGGUUUACACACGCCUUGGCAGCGAGUGUCUGGACCCCCCCUCCACGUUGCCAACGCAGCUGGCUGCCCUGCUCCCGAUUCAUUCUCUGGGUGUUCAGAAAACUCCUCUGUUGGAUCCCUGGCCUUUCCCCCAAACCUGGCUCUUCCCCCCUCCAUAUUCCCCCCUUCAAAGCUGCCAUUCGAGCUUAUUUCCACAGACUUGCUCCAUCUCUGGCCCACAUUUGGCCCCAUUCACAAAAGUUCCACUCCGGAGUGACCCCUCGUUUUUUUCUAAGGAUACUUGACAGCCUUGAGAAAAAAAGUUUUCCUCCAGCCCUUGUUGACUUGGCUUGUUGCACUCUCCCACCCUUGGGUGGGCAGGGGCCUGACAGGCCCCACCAUGCAAAGUGGGGAGCCUGUGUCUGCGGCUCCGGCAGCGCCACCGACAGCGAUGAAAGUGUCCGAAAGCGAAGGCAAGCUGGAGAUUUUGAUCCCAGCCCAGAACUGCACAAGCAAGAGCAGCAGCAGUAGUGGCAUCAGCAGCGGUGGGAUCAGCAGUAGCAGAGGAGGAAGCACUACCAAAAGCUGGCAGUAUAGGUGAGUAUCUCUGCUGACGCCUAAUGGGCACUGAUUUGUUGGUAUCCUAAGUGGGUGGUGGUUCUUUCUUUAGGGGGGAGGGGGUAGUAUUGAGAAAUGAGAAGCAUACACCUAAAACCAUCCCAUGUGCAUCUGGUAAAGUUUCUGGUGCAACUGAACUUUUCACCACAGAGGCCUAACUCUAAAGUUGCAAGUGUUUUAUUUUGUAUUCUGGAGGGCUUUGGAAUGAUAACACAGUAAAAUGUGAUGGGCCGGAAUGUACGUUUCUAAAUAUGCCGGAAUACUCAGUGGACACAUGUGGUGGAACUGCGUUCUUCUGCCUGUUUAUCAUUGAGCUCCUUUGGGUUGUACUUUAAAGCAUUUAGUGUUUUGGCAAAUGUAUAAAUUGUCCCUUGGCAAGAGCUGCUUACAUAUUUGGGUAUACAGGUAACUCACAAAUCACAUGCUUUUAACUAGUGUGCAUUCAGCUUCACUCAUUUGCCAUUUUUUUUAAAAAAAAUUAAUAGAAAGGGGGCGGGCAUCUGAGAUUAAAAAUGUUGGGUUCAAUGGCAGGUGGAACUGCCAAUGUGUUUGACUAUAUUUGAUUUUGAUUUUAGGCGCUAUUCCCGGAACAUAACCCCAGAGUUAGUUGAGAGUCACCUGCAUACCUAAAAAUAGCAGCUUUGUACCCAGUGCUGCUUGGGAAUUCUAAGAAGCCCCCCAAAAUCAGUACAAUUUUGAUAUCAGAUGUCAGAUUAAAAUCAGCGCAGUUUUGAAAGAUUCAGUCUCCCAUUCUGAUUCAAAACGGCAUCCAGUUAUAUCCAAACAUAGAUGAAAACCUUCUGCUUGAUCUCAGAAAUGGUUAUGCAAAAUUUGGUUAUGAUAUCUUAAGAGGUGUCCAAAUGCAAGCAACUUUCCAAAAUAUAUAGUAGAUAAAUGUAGAAAUGCUUCCACUGAUGGAACAAUCAGGAAAGCGUAACAUUGAAUUUCUCCCAGUGUGUGAAAUGACACUGAGAUUUGUGCAAAAUAGCUAUUUUGUUUCUUUCUAGAUAUUAAUAUAUGACCUGUUCCUUGAUGUAAGGAAACAAAAAUGAAUACACAUCAUCCCAAUACAGGCAUUUCAUUAUUUCACAUUCAGUUGAUUUUUAAUAUUUACAGUCAGUUAAUAUCUGGUCUAGUCAACAAUGCUAAGCUCAAUAGACUUGGUAUAAGGCAGUUUCCCAUAAGAUUGAUUUGUGAAUUGCGGGCGUUCUAUACAUCAAUUGUGUAAUCAUAUCCCUGCGUACUAGAAAAUAAACCCCAAUGAAUUCACUAAAUGUAUCUACUUUGAUGCUCCUUAAAUACAUUGUCAUUGUGUUUCCUUUUUAAAGCAAUUGUGAGGAAGUAUGUUUAGGGAAUGUUGUUGCUUUUUUGAAUGUCAGGACAUUGCUAAUCACCAGCUUCAACUCCCCUACAGCAUGUCACUUCAAAUUUUCACUUCUAAUGUUACAUUACACUUUCUCCUCCUAAGUUGCCAGCACGUUACUCCUUGAAGCUAUUAGAAUUUUCUUUGAACAUGGUAAAUGAUUUCAUACAUGACAAAAUGAAACCAGUGACUUAGUUCUUGGCAUUCACCUGGUUCAGACAGAAUAUAGUUUAGAAUUCCAUACACAAACCUGCUUCCUCCUCCCCUCCCCUCAAUUGAACAUGAAGCUGUAAGGAGGAAAUUGGAAGCAUCCACUUUCAUUUUAAACCAACUGUGUUUCAUCCAAAGCAGGGACUGCAGUUUUAACUAUGGUUUGUACCAACAAGUCAGGAUCAGAAACCACAACUUGAUCUUGACUUGUUUUGACAAACUGCAGUUCAAACCAGGGGGGCUAACUUUUGUAACUCCAGAUGUUAGACUCCCACUCCCAUCAACCCCAGCUAUGACCAGUAGUAAGAGCUGAUUUGAGAUCAACAAAAUCUAGAGUGCUGGUUUAAACUAACCACCAGUUUGGACAAAAUUACAAACUGCAAUUAGUUUAAAAUAGAAUCACUGCUUCCCAGCUUCUCAUGGUUGCAUUGGAGGAGAAGAGUAAAAAUGGUAGAUACAUGAACCUGAGACUGAGCAAUUCUGGUAAGUUUGAGCAAACCAAACUAUGAUCUCCCUCUUUAGACAUAAUACUAAGCCAUGGAUUGUGUUUUGUUGCUCCCACACUUACAGAGGGAGGAAACAAAGCAGGAGAAAUCUCCCAAGUUCAUGGUAAAUCAUGAACUAUGGAAAAUCAGCCUACUUAAAGAGUCUACUCUUGGAUUCAGGCUUGGUCCUAUCUGUAAGCUGCAACUUUUCAUUAUCAUGAGCCUCAUCUGGGAGUCCAGGUUGCUCCAGUUCUGCUAGAUUAUAACAUUUUGGAAAUCAGCUUUCUUUGAAAGGUAACUUUUAUACCAGCUUUGAAGAUAACGUUUGCCUUUUUCGGACAAAUAAUGGUAGUCAGAAAUUUUCUUUCACUGUCUAGUUUUGACUUGGAACAUCCCAGAAGGAUACAAUGCAUGAGGGAAUAGUAGUUACAAAAUAGGAAAUAAGCCGUGCAGAUAGAUCACAUAGCAAGUAAUGUUUCUUAAUCAUGACUUUAUACACUGCAGCCCACACACUGCAGCACUAAAGCUUCAAAAACUUUAUAAAGUUAUGCUAAACUAGACACAUUUCCUUACUUGCUGUACCUUCUUGACUGCAGAACUUUGGUUUCUUUGUAACCUCUGGAUUUUUAAAUUUAUUUUAGAUGUUAGAAUAGUGGGGGGGGGGGAGAGUGGUGUAGAGCUAAUUUAAUUAGGGCUGGGAAGUGGUUAAUUCACUAUGUAUUUCAUUUGUAUAGCACUCAAAUCCAUCCCAAACUGGGUCUGUAACACAACUACGUGUUUGUUGUUGUUUGAUUGCAUCAAAUACGCCAUGGAGCCAAUAAUGUAGAAAGAGAGAGGUGUAUUUUGCUGACUUGAUGAUAGGCAGGAAUGAGGGCUCCUUGCUGUUCAGUCCCAUAGGAGUAUCACACUCUUAAUCUAGGAGCAGGUACGUGAUGUCAUGUUCUGCAUUUAUAAUCACAGAUACAUUUUAAAACUAACUGCACUAGGGUGGGAAACGUUUUCAGCUUGAGAGCCACAUUCCCUUCCUGGGGCCCCAGACUAAUCAUGAGUGGGGCCAGGGGGGAAAGUGGGCAGAGCAAUAAAUGUGGAUGUUACAUUUGUACAGUAGGCUAGUUUGUUUGCAUGCACACACCCUCUGUCCUCCACCCAGGUAAGCAAGAAGCAUUAUCAGAGUUCAAGGACACACUCAUCCGCACAAAGACACUUUAGGAGGGUGCGAAUCAGGGCUGGUGAGGGGUAUGGUUCAGGAGGGUGUGUUGCCUGGCCAGAUAGGGAGGCUUCGACAGUCAUACCGUAUUGGCCUGAAUAUAAGCCUCCCUUUUCCCCCAAAUUCCGACUGUGAAAUGUUAAAGUGCGUCUUAAGUUUGCGACCUUACAAAAAUGGGCUUUUACGAUAUCACUGUUGAAACAGACAUACAGUAAAACGGAAUGGGUGUGAGUGCCUGCAGAAUUUUAAGGGAGCGGCUUAUAUUUGGGUAUUGUCUUUUUUUUCCUCCCCCCCCCCCCGAAUUUUAAAGGUGCAGCUUAUAUUCGGGAGUGGCUUAUAUGCUGGCUAAUACGGUAUUUAAGUCAGGUUCCCCAUACCUGAACCAAAUGUGUGCCAUUGUGGAUAUGCACAUAUCCUUUGUUACUUAAACAAGAAAUUUGUUUUUAGAUAAUACAUUACAAUGCUUCCAAAGUUUCUCCAGGUAUGGUGGGAUAGGGAAAGGGAAUAUUUUUCAUGGGCAUCUAUUGUCACGCUAAAAAAUGCACAUAUCUGUUGCAGUUGUGGUAGCUACGCUGCAGAGGGCUAGUUACAGCUUUUGCCAUGUAUCUCCUUGAAAUGUUACAGAAAGCUGUAAAAUCACGAUGGGUGAAAGAGAGGGGCAGAGUGUGGCAAUGAUAGCUCUACAAUACCAUGUCCAGCUCUUUAAAAAGCCAUUGAUUGUGCACAGCCCACAGCCUUUACAUUUGUAAGCUUUUUAUUUGCAAUGAGAAGGGCUAUGCAUUUACUUUAAAAGAAUGGACUAUGAGAAUUUGGGUGUGGAGCUAGGUACACCCUACUCAGGUGUUAUUAAAACCUAGAUCUAUAACGCAUAAGCAGGGAUUUUAGGGAUGUGUUGCUAGUUCCACCCACUGCCACCCACAUGCUUCUCCUCUCAUAGGCUCCCCACAUUUCCCAAGGUUCUACAUUGCAUGUGAUCGUCAGUGAGCACAGAACACAAGAAAAUCCUUGCUUGAUCAGGCCAAAGACUCAUCUAGCCCAGUAUCCUGUUCUUACAGUGGUCAGCCAGGUGUCUGUGGCAAGCCUGCAAACAGGACAUGGGUGCAGCAGCACUCUUUCUGUUUGUGUUUCCCUGCAACUGGGGUUUAGAAGCAUAUAGGAGUUUCCCCGCUUCAGAUAAGGAUGAAGCUAAUAUGCUUGUCUCCCCACUAAUGUGUACUGUUUCCAGAUAUGCAUGAUACUUGAAUAGGGCUACUUUAAUGGUAAUUUCCACUAUUUCUUAAAAAAUAAUCUAAAUCAUCUUAUUUGGACUUGCUUGAUCAUAUGUUGAAAACUAGCUGUACUGACCUUGACAAAGAGAUCUUUCAACUGCAGAGGUUCUUAAGGAAAUGAUGUAGCUUGUGACUGAAAAGCAAAGCGUAACACAUUAAAAUGCUACCUCUUAAUAUGCUCAUCCAGUCCUUUUUUUGAGAAAUGUAACGCACAUACUGAAGGCACCAGGCACCAGAAGCUUUGCUCAGAGACUAUAGUUCAGCUGUAGGGCAUAUGCUAGGGAUGGAGAAACUCUUUUCAACCUGAAGGUCGGUGGUGCACAGGGCCAGAAGCAAAACGUGGUGGAGCAAUGGUUGUAAAUCUUACCUUUGUACAGUAGGUUGCAUUCCGGUCAUGCAAAAAUCAGAACUUUUUGCAUACCUACAGCUGCACAACUCUGCAUGCAUUACAAGCAGGAGACAUUGUCAGGGUUAAAGGGCACAUUCUAGAGAGACAAGUGCGCUUAAGGAAGGUGUGGAGAAGAAGAAGAAGAGUUUGGAUUUGAUAUCCCACUUAAUCACUACCCUGAGUAGUCUCAAAGCGACUAACAAUCUCCUUUCCCUUCCUCCCCCACAACAAACACUCUGUGAGGUGAGUGAGGCUGAGAGACUUCAGAGAAGUGUGACUAGUCCAAGGUCACCCAGCAGCUGCAUGUGGAGGAGCGGGGACACGAACCCAGUUCACCAGAUUACGAGUCUACCGCUCUUAACCACUACACCACACUGGCUCCAUGGAGCAUGGCCGUAUGGGGACAUGGGCCACAGGGAGUGUGUCAAGGCUGGACAAAGAGGCACGGAGGGCUUCCUGAGGCUUCCCCACCCUUAGACUAUGCUUUCCACGUGGAGGAUCCCAGGUUCAAUUUAUGGGAUAUUCGGCUAGGUAAGGGACUGCCAUUUCCAACUGCCAUUUCAGUGCAAGACAUGGAUUGGGAAUAUGUUACUCUCCAGUUCUUGUUGGAAUCCAUUCCCAUUGGCCGCAGCCAGCAUGGUUGGGAAUCGAGGAUGAUGCAAGUAUUAAUGCACUCGAGGGCUGUAUUAUAUUUAAAAAAUGGAUCAAAUUAAAAAGUAACAGGCAAAGAGAGAUCUCUCAGAUCUGUACAUCUUUUUCUUUUCAGAUUUGGCUAGACUGAAAUGCUUGCUACCGAAAGGUGCAAGCGAACCUUAUAGGUAGGAGAUAAGCCAUAAUUGCUGUCUGUGCUUCUAUGGCAUAUCCAUUGUAGAGCCCUUAAUGAAUUACAUCUACAUUGGAUUUGUAUGUGAUAUGACGUGCUGUUUGGCAGCGUUGCAAACAAGUUUACAAAAGUUGCUGGCUUGCAUGCCCAUGCCUGCCUGUCUUAGUUUAGACACAUUGACAGCCAGAAAUAAAAGGAUAAGAGACUUUUCUAAUGUACUAAAGCUUCUGCAGGCAUGGGAGCACAUGAGGAGAAAACAAAAUGAAAAUCUGUUUUUUAUUUCUUCCCCAUUUUCUUUUGAAAUGAUAAACAAAGUUCAUUUAACUCCACUGUACAUAGUUACAACAAAUACACAUAUAUGAACCACUCCCCCAAUAUGCUGCAGAGAUAUGAAAAAGAAUCUCAUAGGUUAUAUAGAAAGUUUCUAGGUUUACAUUACAGUGGCCAUUUUUUAAGUCCUCUAGGAUGGAAGUGAGAAAACCUCAUAAAAAUCAAUGGAGAAAUUCAGGAUUUUAGUGCAGGUAUGAUUUGGCAACUGGAUGCCCCCCCCCCGCUACCCCGUCCCCCCCCAAAGCUGAAAACUAGUAGUAAAGAGAGGCGUUAAUUCCCACUCUUUCCCACACAGGUCUGUCAUCUGCCUUGCGAGACAAUGAAAGAAAAAGCAAUUGAAAAUGGAAAGUGGUCCUGCUUUAGUCUAGCCAUUAGAGCUAUGUAAUCUUCAUGCCAGUUAACAGCUUCCCCCUUAUUCUGGUGGCAGCCAUCUUUGCUUAGGGGAAAGGCUCCACCCUGAAGACUUGAAUCAGGGACUUACUGUGUCUUUCAAGAUGAUUGACCCUUAACUGAUGGAUUUAAAGUAGUAAUUUAAAAAGUAAUAUAUUCAUAAAGGCACAAUGCAUUUUGACAAAAGAAGGAAGGACCCCUGCAAUUGUCUUAAAUUUAGAAUUCCUUUGAAGAGACAAGGAAAAAACAGAUAUUAUGUGGGAGCACAACAAUUAUUAAGAAGGGAAACUUGUAUAUUUCAACCAUCUUUGUAAUGGAUCCGUCUGAAAUCUGUUCAUAUGGUACUCAGUGUGUAGAUAGAUACUCCAUGCCAAAUUUCAGGCAACUUGGACAAAUAUUCUGGAAUUUAUUAAUGUUUAGAACAUUCCAGUUUUCUCAUGAUAGAUUGCAGUUCAACCUGUUUAAUUUAACUGUGCACGCAGUCUUCUUGUGCCUUUGUAUUUUUAGGCAGGUUCGGAUUAUUUAUUAGAUUAGAUGGGAGAAGAUAGCCCUCUAAGAACAAUAGAAUCAUAGAAUUUUUGAGUUGGAAGGGACCACAAGGGUCAUCUAGUCCAACCCCUUGCAGUCUUCUGCCCAGCUUGGGGCUCAAAUCAAUGACCCUAAGAUGUCUCAUGCUGUACCAACUGAGCUAUCCCAGGGAUAGUGUACUACAGUUCUGUGUGUCCAUGAGGAAUGGGAAAGGAAAGGAUGACAGGACAUGUGUAAGAUUGCUGGCUGCUUUUUAAAUUAUCAAUAUGACUCCCAGAUUAAGAAAGGGUUCUUCAUUCCUGAUGCUGAGUCUUAACAGUGUUGUUAUAUAGCCACAAAUGCUAUAAUACUCUCUCUGUUCUGGCAUUUCAUCACAUGUCAGGUUAGAUUAUCUUCCCUAAGCCUGUACUUCACAGGUUACGUGGGUGUGAAAGCUAGAUGCUGUACACACCAACUUAAGCCAUUUCAAACUCUUGAUUAAAAAAUCCCUAAAUUGUAGGCAUUUUCUUUGGCGAGUAAAAUGGGAGUGCCAGGAGAUUGCACAAAGAAAUGGUUAAGUUCUAAACAUUCGGUAUCUACCAAAUAUCAAAGGAUGUCAUCUUUUACUUGACCAGGCGAAUACUGUGUGCAUGUAACAUGAUUUUCAACUUUUGUUUCAUUUUGAACUUGGGACUAAUUUGUCAUCCUGUGGAAUCAUCUUAGAUCUGCGGUGUGACUCCAUAGUGCCACUAUUUUUGGACAGUACUUUUCAUCAGAAUCCCCCUUCUGCAGAGCUAUCAGAAACUUCAGUGAGCACAUAGGCAGGGGCAGUUAAAAAAUGUUUUGAAAUUCUAGGCACCAACAUAACUACAUAGCAUAACAUUUGUCUGUUGGGGCAGUAAAAAGAGAAAGGCAAUGUUAAGGUCGUUAAGAGUCCUGCUGGGUCACACGGCAAGGAGGGCGUGAAGGCAAUACCUGUUCCCCACCCCUGUGGUAUGUAUGCCCUCUUGCAACUUGGUAUAUUGUUUCUAAACCUGGAAGUUCACUUGCGCUACAGGCAGUAGCUUGGUAAUGGGCUGGUCCUCCAUGAAUCCAUCUAAGCCAGAGGCCGUGACCACAUCUUGAGGGCGAAUUCCAAAGGUUUAUAUACAUUACAUGAAUAAGUACUUGUUUCUCUCUGUCCGGAACCUACUGCCCAUCAAUCUCAUUGACUUCCCAUGUGUUCCAGUAUUAUGAAAGAUGGAGAAAGAUUUAUCUCUCCCCAUAUUCUCUAUAUCAUUAAUUAUUUGAUACAUUUCUUGAGUUUUCCUUCUUGCCCUUGCUUGUCUUUCUUCCCUAAACUAAAAAUCCCCCAGUGCUUUAGUGUUUCUUCUUAGCAAAGCCAUUUUUCAGCUCUACACUGUCCAUUUUGGGAAAUGGGGUGACUCCAGUGGUACAUGGUUUUCCCAAUCUGACUGCACCAUAGAUUUAUAUUGGGGCAUUAUGAUGCUAAGUGUUAUAUUUUCAGACUUUUCCCUAAUGAUGCCUAGAUACUUUGCCUCUUUUACUGCCCCACAGCUGGUGCUAUCAUUGCGUUAUCCAUUUGAACCCAAAUAUCUCUUUCCCAGUUCAGAUGUCUUCAGUUAGUGUAAAUCUAAAAAAUGUGAUUAUUUGCCCAAUUGUGUAUCAACUUACUGUUUAAGUUGAUACAAUUGGAUUCUUGCAAACCUGACUCAAAGAAAAAUAGGGAAAGGCAGACGGGGUACAUUAGCUCACUUUAGAGUGAUUGGGCUACUGGAAAUGACUAUGGGACCAAAGAGUGUAUUUGUAUAAUACUUACAAUGUGCUCUGGGCAAAAUCACAUGUGUGGUUUAGCCCUUCAUAAGCGGGUGGCACUGUGUCUUUUUUAAGGUUGCAAGUCAUGAAAAUGAAAAUCGGGAUAUUGGUUUCCUUAACACAGUUGUUGAAUCUUUCCCAGUUUUUAACCCUGCAUUUUUUCAUAUUAGGGUAUUGGACGGUGCAUUAGAAUUCUAUAGGUAGUAAUAAUUGACCUAAUGGAGAUUAGACUGUUGAGACUUUGCCAGAGCUUCCAUUAAAUUGAAAGUGUCUGCUGUUCUGAUGAGUAAGGUGGUUUGUUUGCGUAAUAUGUUGAUGGCUAGUUUUCUCUGAUGCUUUCAAAAAUCCCAGCCUUUCCUUUCCUCCUUUCCUAUUUUAUUUUGUAUCUCUUCCCUCACGUACAAUGUUCUGUUCUGAUUUUUAUUUUGACAAACUCCUCUUGGCUUCCACUUGCGAAACACAUUUGAUUCUAACUGGUUCCCCAAGUUCAGUUUGUCGGCACCUCAUGUUCCAAAUAAUAAAGAAUUUUUAGUUGUUUGAGCUGCUGAGACUGAUCUUGUUAGGGCACAGAGCCUGUAGCAUAUUAGUUUAUCUGAUGUAGAUAGUAUCCUACCCAGUGUACUUUAACCUUUGCACCAGUUUCUCAUUCUCAGCUGGGAGCUUCAAAAUGAGCUUGAACCUAUUACCAUGACCUGUUUAUUUUUUCCAUGGUGUUUCUUAAGAUGAUUGCUUUAACAAUCUGACCAAGUGGGCUCUGGCAAACGAAAGCUUAUGCCACAAUUUGUGUAAGUCUUUAAGGUUCCUUAUUCCUUGUUCUUUCUGCUUUAAGACCCUUACCUGGUGAUUCUGUGCUGAGCCAGGCAUGUUUGCUUUUCCUCUGCUGCCUUUCUUCUGGCCAGCUCUUAAGAUUACUUAUUCAUUUUGUCCUAUAUCUCUGAAAACAGCUCAUAAUUGGGUAGUGGGGUGAAUUGUGACAUCAGUAAGUAAGCUGCUAAUCACUGGGAUACCCCCACCCACCUUUUUCUUAUGUUUCCAUCUUGUGGAUUUAUUGGUUGCAGUGCUUCUGUAAUGAUUUAUGGGUGCCCUACUUAAGAUUGUACUUCCUGAAAAUCAAGUUUCCGUUUAGUUUCUUUAAAGUGACACAGCUAGAACCAAUAUUGGUAUUUUAAAAUUAGAGGCUAACCUUUCUCAAAUAACUUUGAUCUGAAUCUUAGCUUCAUAAGAAGAAGACAGCUGUCAUUUCAGGGAGGCUUCCUCCAGUGCUUUAAUGUAUGGAGUCCAAGUUGUUCAUAUGAGCUUUUCCAACCCCUUCCCAUGCUACCGUGUGUGCUUUUACAUUACCUAACAUUCCUUUUCUCUCUCUCUCUCUCUCUCUCUCUCCAUUUAACUCCCCUGUUCUAUUUUUAUGUCUGUGUUCCUUCAGACUUGCCCUUCCAAAGCAGUGACCUCUCCUCCUUUCAUGUCUCUGAGUAUUUACAUCUUUCUACCAUUCCAAGUCUCCACAGAAACACUAUUUCUUACUGCAUUGUACUAAAUUCAUGAGAACCCUUUUGGGUUAGUGGGGUAUAAACUUUAUUAAAUUGACUUGUGUGUUCAACAAUGUGAAUAUAUAUAUUUUCUGACAAGGCUGCAGCCUACUUUUAAGUAGCAAAACAAGGGGAACUAUCUGUGAAGCAUAAUGUGAAUGUACACUGCCAUGUAAAUAAUGAGUAAUGCACAGCUGCAGAUGAGGACCCUGAGAUUUGUAAUGCUCUGACAGAGUUGCUGGGAUGACCUUCAGGGCUUGAAAAUCUGAACUGAUAGACAAGAUCUGUCACGCUGGCAUCUGAUCAGACAGCCAUGAGUUAGCUGAAAAGAUUGCACAGUGUUGUUUGUUUGUCUUGUGGACUUGCCUGCACUAGGGAAACAGCAUUGCUACUGAUCUGCUUACUUGGUGGCUUCAGACACCUGUUCUAGAGAUAAGAAAUCCUUGGUGCUGUUUCCUCCAGUAUGGACUUAGCAACAAGUACUGUACAUGGACGACCCACUUCCCAAAGGCAAGAGUCUGAGGCUGACUAGUGAACAUCAGUUGGACUUAGAACCAGAUCCUAUGCAUUUUUACUUUAAAAGUAAAUGUGUUUCAGACUGCAGCCUUGGACUAAGUAGUGAUUAGUGAGGCACUCUCAGCCACUCAGUGCUGUGGAAAUUGGCCGUUGCUCCUGGAGGAAAGUUGUAGCUGCCUUGGGUUCUUCUUGGGAAGAAAGGCAGGAUAUAAAUAUAAGAAAUAAAUAGAAGAUCCAAACUACCUAGUGAGCAAGUAAGUGGGUGAUCUGACUUCAUGAUUUUGGAAGCUCAUAGGCUUUUGGAAUUAUGGUUGAAGCCAACCUUUAAGUUACUAUGGUGCUGAACUACAAUUAUCUUAGAAAUUAUACUCCGUAAUGGUAACUAUAAAUGCUGCACAUUGUCUUCGUGGGUUACCCUGAGCAUUAUCCAAUUUGUUCUCAUCACUCUGAAAAAACCGAGUCUUACCAGCUUGUGGUCUCGUACAAUACACCUUCUUUAUUUCUUUUUCAACUUUCAACCAAAUAAAAAUAACAAAAAUGUGCAUAUUUAUUUGAGCAAGUGGCUUAGGACCCUGCAGAAAGCCCCAGCACACUUGAAGGGCGCCCUAAACAACCUAACUCUCCAGGUAAUGAGGACACCUUAUUAAUUAAUUAAUUAGCUAAUUAGUUAGUUAGUUAAUUAAUUAAAUGUAUGUACCACCUUUAUCUUCCAAGAAGCUCAAGAUGGUGUACAUCGUUCUCCUCCUCCACAUUUCAGCCUCACAACAACCCUGUGACAUAGUUUAUGGUAAGUGAUGGUGACUGGCCCAAGGUCACACAGCGAGCUUCAUGGCUGAGUGAGGAUUUGAACCCUUGUGUCCCAAGUUAUAGUCCAAUACUCUUACACCACACUGACUCUCUUGGAGCCCCUGAUGAGCUGCUGCACCACACAUAAAAUGGACCCAGGCUCUUUCCCCUUCAUGCCGAACUCCCAUGAACUAAGAUGAAGGCAAGCCCUGUCGUAGGUAAUGAAUUGACAAAGGAGUGAUUACAAGGUAGCUUCAGAAGGACGAGCCUACUCAAGAGGAGGAGGCAUCAGGUGUAUAAUGCAGUCAGCUGCUGAUCAGGAAGGAGUUUAUUUAUCUGUACUAGCAUCUCAAUCUCUGACUGACCUUUGCUGGUACAACAUCUCCCAAAGAUCUCUCUUUCUCUAUGUACUUUGCCUUGGCUUCUGUUGGUCAACAACUCCAGCUCAUGUGCCUGACCUUGACUGGACUCACCUCUGUUCUGGGAGUUGCCUUUGUGCUGGUGCCCUGUGCCAUAGUUCCAACUGUGGGAUGCAAACAAAUUGGUUGGGCCUAUUUAUAAGAUGUGGAAAAUUCCAUUCCUUCUCUUCCAUGUCUUAAAUGCUUGGGAUUUCAACAGAAUAGUUUCAUGGGGGAUGGGUGUGUUUCUCUUUAACCAUCCCAUAUGCCUGGAGAACAUUGUUUAACAACAUGCAAAGUCCUAGUCUCCAAGAGAAGGUGACAGCAUCCUGUUUCUUGAAGAAGAACUUUUAGGAACUGAGGGGCUAAGAGCUGACCUGGAGUAUCAUCCUUAGAAUUCGUUCUUGUUAUUAUGAAUGGCAGUUUAGCUUUAUCACUAGCUGACAUUCUUUUCAGUCUCUCUGCAGGAACUACAUUUGAAUAAUCUCUUCUGAAUGUGAAAUGUGUUUCCUUAGUACAACUUCAGAUUUCAGCUUUUGAAAAAUAUACGAUACAAUUGAAAGUAGAAAAAAGGGCUUCUUCACACAUUAGCAGUGAACUACUUAGAACUAAGUUCCACUGAGUUGCUCCCAAGUAAACAUGCAUAAGACAGCAGCCUAAAUGUUCUGUGUACACACACAAAAAUGUGGUGUGUGCACUAGAAAGGUGAAACUGCCUGUUCUUUUCCACUGCCUGUACACAGGGUGAUAAAUGUUCAUCUGCCACACAUAAUAUGUGCUGCAGCCUUUGGAGUUGCAUAGUCUGAGAGGUUUCAAUCCGUGAGCUGCAGGCAUGUACUGAUAUUGUGUGUGAUAUGUUUCAGGAGUGAAUACUGUAACUGAGUUCUAGUUCAGAUCAAGUCCUGAAACUGCUGCUUCAUUGAGCCAUUUUGAAGUGGCCUUCGGUUAUCUCAACACUUCACGCUGCUCAGUUCAGAAUUUAAAACAUGCCUUAGAUAGCAAGUCAACGAGGGUUGUUGACUGUUGUGCUAAAGUAAGUGGAAGCAUACAAGACUCUUAACUUGGUCAUGAGGAUGUAGGCGCAUGCUUCUCAUCUACAGACACUAACUAACCCAUUCUGGGCAGGGCAGGAGGAGUUGGAUAUGUAAAAGGGGCUAGAAACAGACCUUGAGCACUAAGGCUUACUACCUUCUGCUUAAAAACAUGUUUCACUUUCUAGGCUGAGAGGAAAUGAGCCUUUGUUUAUGGGCUUGUUCCGCUUUUCUAUGCUUUUUCUUCAAAGACCCUUCAAAGGUAGGUUUCAGGGACUGAUAGGAGAGCUACUUUCUAAGGGGUGCACGUUGGCCAGACAUGUGAGCGAUUUGUUUCAGAACUGCAAAUUGAAUGUGAACUGUUUGCUUGUUCCAGGCUUCUCAGCAGUGAGUGUAGCUCCUCAUUUUAAGCACUUUAAUUUCAGAGAGAGAGCUAGUUCACGUGAUUUGAUUUUGAUGCAGGCUAGGCAGCAGGGUUUAGCAAUCGGAACUGCCACAAAUAAGUAGUUUUGUGUUGCAAAAUCAUGGUGUUGUGGGCUUUGUUCCCUAUCCUCACAGUGCUCUGCAGAGGAUCUAAUACUGCAUUUCCUGCCUGUGAUAUAAAUAAGUUGUGCUGUUUUAGAACAGAGCUGUUUUGUAAGGUUCGUUGCAUUAGAUCAAUGGGUUUUAAAAUGUGAGAUACGGACAGUUGCCAAGGGAAGCACGAAAGUUCCCCUGAUCUCUUCUUCUCGCACCCCUGACUGUUCCUCUCUCAGGACCAGUGGCAGAGUUAUCUUACUCCCUCAUCUCUCCCAGUUAGGUGCAAGUCCUCCCCACUCUUCGCACUAAGCUUGGGGCAUCAGCACAGCAAAGCAACUUGUUUUUCCCCCAAUAUAAGUUUGGUUUUCUACAGAUAGAUAAGCAUCACCUGGGCCAGUGGGCUGUGCUCCUUUCCUUUUCUGGAGCUUCAGUCCACUUUUCUUGGACCUGAAGUAAACAACCUAUCUUGUUUUUGCCUGUUACAGUUGGGGAUGCUUAAAGGACAGUUUGCCAGUCUUGAGAUUUUUCUUACAACAGUUUUUGAAAAUCUGUUUUAGAUUGGCCAAAUCUUAUUUGCUUGUGGUUACUACCUGUUUUGUACUCCUCUCCUCUCCUGCAGGGGCAAGUUAACAGGAAAAGGGGUAGGAUGAGUAUUUUGGUGAGUGCAAGAAAUACCCUCUUGUCCCUACGUGAUCUCAGGAAAAAACAAUAGGUGGUGUGUGGGGCAUUACACAUUUGCUGAGAUUUUGUGGUUUUGUGUUUACAGGGUAAACAGAAGCAGAAUCUAAGCAGAGACUCUUGUGUUUCCCAACAUUUCAGGGAGGCAGCAGUGCAUUAAUUCUUUUAAGUGGUGCUUAAGCUAAAUGUUUCUCCUGUAGAUGCUGGAUAAAAAUGACAUUCUUUUCUUAAGAUAGUGGGUAUUUAACUAAGAAGUGCUCUUGAACAGUAGCACAGAAUGAUAGCAGUUUCAUUUGUAUUGUGAAUGUCAAGCAGGAUAGUGCUACUGGUACUUCUUGCUUGCAUUUAAAAUCAAAGUUUGGGACACAUUAACAUUCCUGGAGGUGACUUUCAUAGCCAGUGCAUUUUCUUCUGAUACAUACUGUUGUUUGCCUACCUUGCUGGUACAUAAUUACGGUAAAUUAAUAUAGUAUUAGCAAAAGUAAUGCUUUUGCUGAACCAGAGGAAGCUGGAACAUGAUGGGUAACGUUCAACUAACUUUUCUUCUUGCACACUGGGACCUUCUCCCUUUCCCCCCUCCCACACUGUAUGCCUUGUACCCUCCUCAAAUUUUUCCGGAGUGUUCAGGGAACCCCUGGAACAAAUCUAGGGGGUGCAUGGGAGAAGGUUCCAUUGCACAAUUAGAAAUCCUUGCACUGAUGGAACAUUCACUGUAGUGCCGUGUUGGAUAGAACCUCUUGUGUUCCAUGUCAUUUGGGCUGAUUGCAGACAGACAAACAGACAGACAGACAGACAGAGAUGCUGUUACAAAUUCAGCUCAUUCACUGUGAUCAGCAGCCAAUCUCUCAGCAAAGAAUAUGUGGUUAAAUUUUUUUUGUUAGACCUUGAUGGCUAGAAAUAUUUCCUCUAGCCUUUUGGAAAGAGACUUUCUUCAGCAAGUGGGAAGGGCAAAGAAAGAAUCUGGUGAAAAACACCAGAGACAACAAUGGAAUGAAGCUUUUCGUCGUAUACAAGAUGGACAAGAGUAAUGGACAAGAGUAGUGUGUAUUUUAUCACACACACACAUAUUGCCAACUCAUUAAAAACCACAGGGGUCACAACAGAAUCAUGAAAACACUGUAAAAUUAUAAAGAUAACAAAAUAUGGAAGAAAUGACCAACACUUGGUCAAAAUUAUUCUCUAAAGGUUUUUGACGAAAGUGUUUUCAGUAGGCAACAAAACUGGUGGCUGUCUGAUUUCAAUAAAAGCAUUGUUCCAAAUUACUAGUCUCACUACUCCAGAAGGAAAAACCAGGCUGCAGAAUUCUAUAUUAGCUGCAGUUUCCAAAUCAGCCUCAUGGGUAGCCCAUGCAUUCCAAUAGUCCAAUUCAGCAGUUCCCAAAGCUUGAACUGGGAUACCAAGAGACUUUUUUUUGUAUUUUCCCUAAUGCUUGCACCACUAUGGCCGAUCUGUGUCCAUAUGUAAAAUGGUCAAUUUCAUUGACUAAAUCAUCAAAACUAACAUGAUUAAAUCUUAAUCUCCUGUUCUAGAAUUAUUAUGUAGUAAAAGAGAAAAGAUGGUCAAAGGAAUAUCUAUCUUUCUCCACGUUGCAACAAGCAUUUUAUAGGAGCCAGAUUUUAAUACCAUAGCCACCUGAUUUAUGAUAUACAUGCCUGAUUACUCUGCUGAGGCAGCCACUGAUUCACGCACUCAUUCAUCUUUACUAUAUUUUCUGUCUGUAAUUCGUCAAUUUUUUCAUCAUGGAUUUGGCUUAAUUCUUUUGUUGCCGUAGUUUCUGUUAAAAGAGUCAAGCCUCUGAACUACAACUUGUGGCAAUUCACACACACCUUUACAAAUUGUGGCAAGGUAGUUCUAUGUUGAUGUAAUUUGAGAAAAAGUACUAGAUGCCACGUUCUGUGCCAUCCAACACUUUAAAAAUAUUGGCAGUUUGCGCCACUAUGAGAUGUGUUGCUCUGUCUCACCCUUGAAAUGAGUAACGUUUCUGAUUCUUUUAUGCUAUUUCAAUUAUUCAAAUACCCUGCGUAUGCAGUUCUAAAGGAAGGCACUUUGAUGUAGGAUUCUAAAUGAAAAAUAGGUCAUUAUAUUUAGUAAAUGCUUCAGUUCAGCUUGCAUCUAGGACAGGUUCUGUGUUAUGCACAUGAAACAGGCACCCAGCAGUGCUGACUUGCUUAGUAAGGCUGUGCCUAGUAGAAUAUCUCUGUGCCCUUAGCUGUAUGGGAUAUGCUGAUUUUGGAUUUUUAUAGGUCUUUUAGAGUUUCUAUAGGUUUUAAAAUAUUUAUUCCUGGUGUUUAGGCAUGCAGGGCUGCUUUUCUCCCAAGUGACCACGGAGAAGCAUUGCUUUACCUUGACAACUUCCCAGUGCAACAUGGAAUUCAUUGAAUGGUUGAUUUUCCAGUUUGAUCGUUUGAUGUACUUUAACCAGGGCUGGAAAUAUCACUUCAGAUUUAUAUCAACCCAACUUGGUGGGCCAGUUAUAGGAUCUGACUGGGGUUAGGAACCCAGAAGUGGAACUCUCCUUUUUGAUUGGGCAAGUCUCAUAGGUAGAUCAGGGAUUGUUCUUCCACUCUUUGGUAAUUCUGUGCUGGCAUGUCAGGGUUUCAUUCUGUCCUCUUCUGUUGAGUGUCCAUGUGGACCUGCUGGAAGAGAUUGCCAAAAGGAUGGCAGUAACAUGUCAGUAUACUUUCAUUACACAGCAGUAUGUUUCCUUUACAGCGGAUUCACUUAGGAACAGUGUCUUAGAAGCCCCUGUUGACCUGAAGAACAGACUAUAUAUAGAAUAGAUGGUGGAGCUGAUGCCAACUGGGAAUCCAGUGUCUAAAGGGAAGAGGGAGUCUGGUGUAGGUGCUGUGGCCCAUUCAUUAGUGGCCCAGGCACACUCUUUAAAUUGGGGGUAACCAAUGCAGAAGGCCUUUCCUGGUGCUUCCAGGCACCAUGGUGCCUACGACUGCCAGCUUGGUAACCCUCAAUAUUUGGGGGCGGGGGGCAGGGUUGAGCUGGGAGGGCCUGCUGCCUUGGAUUUGGUUGGUCUGCAAGGAUUGUGCAGGGGGGAGAAAUGGUAGGGAUGACUUCCUUGCUUGCCUAGUGGCCCAUCCUCUUUGCUUGUUUGUUGCCUACCUGGAACUGGCAGAAUAAAAAUAAUAAUUUGAAUAAUAAUGAUUUUAUUAUUUACCGGUAUACCCUGCCCAUCUGGGUGGGUUUUCCCAGCCACUCUGAGUGGCUUACAGAAGGCACUUGCUUCACCCCAUGAAAGGACUGUGUGUUUUAAGAAUUAUGCAGUUGGGCACAGAGAAGGAUAUAUAUGUGUGUAGUGUCUGAGCGGGGAGGUAUAUUUGAAUGUGUGGUUUGUGUGAGGGAGAAAUGCACUUAGGCAGAGAGAGGGAGGGAGAGGUAUGUGUGUGUGAGAGAGAGAGAGAGAGAGAGAGACAGAGAGAGAGACAGAGAGAGGUAGCAGCUUUUUACUAUUUGCACCUAGUGAACUUACUUUAUUAAGCUAAGAUAUGAAGGGUGUUCAGAAGUUACAUUCAACAAGUGUAUGAUCUGUAUACACAAAGAGUUGAUAUGUACACUUCUACAGACAUUCACAUAUAACAUUUAAUGAGUGCACAGCCUAUACAGAUUAGUUGAGCCGUAUAGGUGGCGCUGUGGGUUAAACCACAGAGCCUAGGACUUGCCGAUCAGAAGGUUGGCGGUUCGAAUCCCCGCGACGGGGUGAGCUCCCGUUGCUCGGUCCCUGCUCCUGCCAACCUAGCAAUUCGAAAGCACCUCAAAGUGCAAGUCGAUAAAUAGGUACCGCUCUGGCGGGAAGGUAAACGGCGUUUCCGUGUGCUGCUCUGGUUCACCAGAAGCGGCUUAGUCAUGCUGGUCACAUGACCCGGAAGCUGUACGCUGGCUCCCUCGGCCAAUAAAGCGAGAUGAGCGCCGCAACCCCAGAGUCGGUCACGACUAGACCUAAUGGUCAGGGGUCCCUUUACCUUUACCUUUAUCGAUUAGGAAGUGCACACGCUUGCACAAACACUUGCACGUAUGUAAAGAUUGCUUGCAUCUGUGUUCAGUGCAACAUGUAAACGAGCCUAUGAUCUUCUGAACCAUGGCAGGGUUUCAGAGCUUUCUUUUAGAUUUUUGGAAUUGCACCAAAUAUUCCAUUUUCCAAUGAGGGUUAUAAUUUAUAAUGUGCACUUAGAGGUUCCAAGAACAGUGUGUUUGGAAAUGAAAACAACUCUUUCCUUAAUUACUAGUGCCCAGUGAUGGAUUUGCUUAACUCCAUUCUGUUAAGCCUCUUCUUUUUAGCCUUAGUUAAGAACAAUUUUCAUAGUGAAAAGUUGUCCAAGAGCCCAGACGUAAUCUUGGGGGAAAUUAGAAACCUUAAGUGUGUGGAGUAAUUUAAUCUUAAUGUUGAAGUUUUAUAAAUGAGAGGUGCCGCGCAAUUUUAAUGCAGAUUCAAAGUGGUUUCUGUGUCAGUAAUGCUGGAAUUGGCUCCCCUUAAUCUGCAUAGUAGGUGUAAAGCGUCUCCGUUCUGAAUCCACACUGCAAAGACAAGGAGAAGACCAAGCACUUGCAGCAGUCUCUGUUUCAGAGUCAUUUGACAUUAAUGCUGACUUAGAGUCAGCUUCUAAAAAUAAAGUUAUUGGAAGAAGAUUUAGGCUGCAAAUAUGAAAUUGCAGAACUUCUACGUGAAAUGUUUUCAUUGUCAUUAUUACUCUUUUUCUGAUGGACUUUGUUCUUAUAUUUGUCACAGUGACCACAUGGAAAAUAUAUCGGGCUAUUUAAUGAAAUACACAAAUCUUGUCACAGGCUGGCAGUACCGGUAAGUACGGUUUCUUAAAAAUUCACUGUGUUACCUAAUGAUGAAAUGAAGUUGUCUUAAUCAGUAGGCAGGGAUUUGUUUUAAAAUGCUGGAAAUAGUCAAGGGCUGCUUUUGUUCUGUUUUAGAAAAGGAUAAGCAAACUACAGAGAAAGGCAGAAGUGUUGCAUCAGUAAUCUCUUAUUUUUGUGCCAGGCAUUGAUUGCCUGAGCUGUAAAUGCCCUCAUUUGACUAGUAGGUUUUGUGUGUUUCUGAGGAAAAACUCUGCUAUGAAACACAUUCGAAAAACCCAGAGCACAGUUAAUAUUUGGGAGUAAAGUGCAAAUAAUGAGGCAUGCUUUGAUUUCAAAUGUUAUAUUGUACAGUACAUUAGAAAAGCAUAGUGUUUACAAGAGAAAAUACUGCAUCCCUGUUGAAUAUUACAGAUGGUAUUCUGAGAUACUUCUUGGAGAAUAUUUAGCAUACCUAGUAUUUGGGGACAUUUGAAAAAGGUUUGAAAUGCUUGUUUUUCACAAAUCUAGAGAGGCUUUGAGGAAUUCACAUUUUGCUGCUGCUCGCAACCCCUGCAGUCUUUCCUUCAACCCCGAAAGCUUAAUGUUAUUUAGAUUUGACAGAUUUGGGUAUGCCCCUCCUUAUUUUUUUCCGGCUCUCCGAAGUAUGCACUAUGUUUUGGUUCAGGUUAAUCACAUCAGUAUAUUUUAAAAGCCUGUUAAAUUCGCUUGGACUUUAGAGCUGGUUAAGGGGAAGAAUUAAAAAGUGAACCAAGCACUUCACCUUCCUUUUCUCUCCUAAUGCCUUAGUUGUAUUGCAUUGUGUGUUUUGAGCUAAGGGAACAGCAUUUCACGAUUUCCUCUAAAUGUCUGCUGUAUCAAUUUGCUUCUCCCAUCUUUGUUGCCUGUGCAGUUUGAACUUGAACUCUGUGUGUCAACAACUAGGUUUCGUUGCACUGAGGUUUCCCAAAUACACAUUUUGUUAUUGGUACUGUAUAGUGAUUAAACUAACCCCAUAGGAAACCAUUUCAUUUUUAUUGUCCUAUAAACAGGCGGUGAUGAAGCAGCAGUAGCAUAAUUUCAUCUUUUAAUAACAAAAAUGAUAGUAUAUAAUUAUCAUUAGUGUUAUUUGGUGUGUGUGAGCCAUCAGAGUGCCACAAAAGUCCUUCACAAAAAAUUACCCCACUUCCCCAGCCCUGAUGUCUAGGACAACUUAGCAAGUUUUUAAAAUGUUUUACACAUGAUUUACAAGUACAGCAACAGAAGUAUGUAUACCCUUAGGACCAACCCUUGCAUGAUAUGUGGCUGGAUCUACCAAUCUUUUUUUAGAAACAGCAGCAACCUGUUUUUUUAAAACACAGGCAUAGAACUCUGAAUUUGGUCAGAGCAUCAGUGCUGGGGAGGAGUCCCUAAGCCCUGUUCCCUAAUCUAGAUGAUUCCAUCCUAAAUUGCUGCUGUGUUUCCCUCCCCUUAUAAAGUAUUCAGCAAAUAUAUUGGCUGCAAUGCACAAUAACCAGUGACUGAGCCAUACAUCAGAAAAGGCUUGUGCAAACAGAAGAGUCUUAAGCAGGAAUCUGAAAAAAAGCACCAAUUGUUAUUGCUUAAUAGUAAUAGGGAAGGAGUUCCACAACCUAUGCGCAGACAGUCUAAAGGACUUCUAUCUUUUGGAAGCAAGGCAAACAUCAUGCGGCAUUCUUAAAAGUUCCUUUCUGCCUAAAUAAAAAUAUUGGGCAGAGGGUCAUAAACCUGCUCUCUGGACCCUGCAGAUGAGUAUUGGAGAUAAUGCAGUGCAGUCCCUCCUGUACUAAUUUCGUAGAGUAAUCCAAGAGGAUGCCGUUGUCAGUACUAUCAAAAACCAUAGAAGAAGGAGAAUGGUCCUACUUUCUGUGACUUGCUCUUAAUAAAGGUAAUCCUUUGAAUGACCCAAGGGUGAUUCAUCCCAUAACCAGGCCUGAACCUAGACGGGGAAGGGUCUAGAAAAUCGGUAUCCUCUAGGCAUGCCUGCAGUUGCUCCACCAUGAUUCCACCAUGACUUUCCUCCUCUAGAAAGGAAGUUGCCCUAUAUCAAAGGUCCAGGGCAGGCUGCUUGAGGAGUGGCUACAUCUCUGCUGCCUUGAGGACAGCAGGGACACUCCCCAAUGCAGAAAUGUCUCGGCUACAUUCUGAACCCACCCAGUCACACCCUUUCUGCUAGUUUUUAUUAGCCAAGAAGAGCAGGGGUCAAGAGAGCAUUGCUGCAUGCACCCUGUCAGGCUGCAGCAGCUGGUUAGACAUGGCAACGGACAACUCAACAGAGGUGUCUUCGGGCAUCAAGUGAGUUUGUCCUCAAAAGUAGAAAGCAAAAUGGUCACAAAGGGCUUCCAAGGACACUACGGGUCCACCCACAACAGCAGUUGUGAUCAAACUUCAGGCCACAUUAGAAAACUCAGUUGGACAUUUACUGGAAGGUGCAGUGCAUCUGAUAAAGUUUUGCCAUCUGCACUACUGCAUAGUCGGCAUGGUUGUGCACUCUAACUAGUGUUUGAUCAGCUUCAGGAUGAGACAUGUGCCAUUUGCAUUCUAGUCAUUAUCCAGCCUGCUUCAUCUUCUAUGCUCUUUAGAGUACCAUGGGGCUGCCUGGACUCUGCAGCACCCGAGAGGACACUCAGGGUCAAUUGUGUGUUACCUCACUUUUUCUCAAUGUGAUGAAAUCUUCAACAGGUUCACCUGUGGGAAAUCCUCCAGAUAUCAUUCAGGAAUCCCUUGGAUUCCAUAAAUCUCAGGGGUAGGCUAUUCCUCUUGGUCCUCCAUCCCUGUAGGGAGACACUGGCACCAGACGUCCACACUUUCCCAGUAAGUGGUCUGUCUGUGACACAGGGGUAUUGUGAAAUCCCCUCCUUUCAGACUGCUCCUCUCAUUGUUUAGAGCAAAAACCACAUUCAGGGAGGGUAUGCUUUGUUCUGUGUGGUUUGCCAACAGUCUGUUGUGGCGUUCCUAUCAUAGCCAUGGAGGCUAGGAAAUGCCAAGCUGGACUGACAGUAGACCCCACAUGAAAAUUGAAAUCGCCUAGAAUAAUUGUCCUUGUUCUUCCAAAAUCUUACCAGAGACCACUUCAGCCAGUUCAGUCGCUGAGGUUACUGAGCAGCAAAGGGGGAUGGCACAGCAGUGGUAUUCCUAGUUUGUUUUUAUGGCCCAGCACCAGAUGCAAACCCUCUAAGCCAGUUCCAAGUUCAAGAGGUUUUCUGGUGAUGAGAGAGUAUUCUGAUGAACUUUGGUGACCUAAUCCCCCAACAUUCAGGCCUAACAGUGUUCUGCUCUGAAAAGCCUCACCACCCCCACAUCAAAAACAUUAGCCUCGGUAGCAGCGCAGAGUCACAUACCAAGGGGAGAAAUAAUAUUUUUCUAAGGACAAAAUGUCCACGCACAUGUACAAUUACUUCGUGGUAGAAGAACUUCCUUGCCAGUCUGGGGAACUGCAGGAUCUGAGGUCCUGUCCCUCAGCCUGUACAUUUAGCAUGACUGUGGAUCCAGAGGCAGUUUAUUCACUGAGUGGGGAGUCAAUUUACUGAACUAACAGGAAGAAACUGGUUAUAGCUGGCCAACUGGUCUUCAAGGAAUAUUUGAUCAGUCAGUUGAUGGGCAUUCCAAAACUAAUCACUUCUAUUAUUGACACAACCCAGUUUUCUGUAAUCCCAAAAUAUCUAAAUAUGGCCAUCUGCGUAAAGAGUAAUUUGUUUAACCUUUAGUCUUGCUUUACUCUUACAUGGUUUAUUUCCUUCAAAACUUACAGGUAUUUUGUCUUGAACAAUGAAGCUGGUCUCCUGGAGUAUUUUGUGAAUGAACAGCUGAGAAACCAGAAGCCCAGGGGUACAUUACAGCUGGCUGGAGCUGUGAUCUCUCCUAGUGAUGAAGAUUCUCAUACGUUCACAGUGAAUGCAGCUAGUGGAGAACAAUAUAAGCUGCGAGGUAAGACUCCGUAGUUCUUGGACUUCCCCACUAGGAGGAAGCCUAGCCUCUUCUUUGCUUGUCUUUGGGUAGCUGCCUUCUUCAAGUCAGUGUCUGCUUGCUGUUUUGUGCAUUCUGAAAAAUUACUGUGUCUGAAUUCGAACAAUAUUUUUUUUACAAAUUAAACUGCUAGAGGUAUAAAGCACUUUCCUUUUUACAUAAAAAAUGCAUAGUAGACAAGAGAAAUACUAAAGAUAAGUGAAAUCCUCUAAUUUAGGAAUAAUGCCUAUAACACAAAUGUUGGUGAAUAUAACGUCUCCAUGUGGUAAAAUAUUUAUAUGCAUAUUAUAGGUAUAUACAAAAUUAUAUAUUGUAAUUACCGUGUGUUCUUGAGAUUUAUUCACGUUUUUUAAAAAAUAUAUAUAUUUUAAACAAUUGAAAUCAUGUUAACCAUUCCACUUUGAUAGUUGGCAUAAAAACAGUCAGAUUUUUUUUAUAUUCAUCGUUUGGGGAGAGUGGUGCUUUUAGUCAAAACAAGAGAUGUAACCAAUCAAUGUGCUGUAAAUUUUUACUAAAAUACAUAGUUGCAAAAUGUGACUGCUGAAGAAUGAGGGCCGAUAGGUCUUCACCCUUUUACACAGGCGUUCAGACAAAUGCCACAUUUCAUUGAAGAGGAGUUUUCUGUUGUAGUUCAGACUGGAAUGUUUCUUCUGACUCAUAGUGAAUACUUACAACACUUAGUAUAUCUUACAGUUGCACUUAUCUGAUUCCCAUAUUUGUCCCAGCCCAGUCAGUGGAUUGUGAAAAGGUGUGGGUGUGUUAGAACAGUGUUUCCCAACCGGGGGCCACCAGGAUAUUCUAAGGGGGCCCCAGGUGAAAGAUGCAUAAAUGAGGGCCACAACAAGAGGCCACGGGAUCACAGAGGGAAGGUGAAGAAGAAAAAUCCUGAUUGGCUGACUGUCUGUCAGUCACAAGCGGGUAAGGGGGCGGCCCACCAGGGCUUAGCGCUCCUUUUUGACAUGUGCACCCUCCUUUUUCAGUAUAGCUUCCUCAGAGUGCAGGAGGAGUUGUUUUAGUUCAACAUUUGCCAUUGUUUGCUGUAGAAAACAUUUUCCUCUACUUUUGCUGUGGCCCUGGCAUCACCUAAAAGCGUACUGUGGACAACCAAUGCUACAUCGAUCACAGAACCAUUGCAGUGGGAGGUUAGAGUUAUGAUAUGCCGCAGGAUAAGACCCAGUAACCCAAAGCAAGAAGUGCCACAGGUUGUAUCCAUGCCACAUUUUGCGCACCCUCUCCUUCUGCAUUCCUGGAAGUGACGUUCCCUAGACAAAACUUAAUUUGAAAUAAAUAAUUAUAUUCUUGCCUUGUUUGCCUCUGAACUUCCUUUUCCUUCUGAUUUUUUUUUUUAAAUCCAGCUACUGAUGCCAAAGAACGGCAGCAUUGGGUCAGCAGGCUUCAGAUAUGCACACAGCACCACACUGAAGCAAUUGGAAAGGUACUGUCUGUAACAUAUACUUUAAGUUAUGCAGCAGUUAUUUAAACUGCCCAUCAAUUAUGUAGCUUAAAGGGUCAUAAUUACAAUUGCUGAAGAAGCGUCAGCCUACCAUAGAAAGAUGACAGCAAUGCCAAGACGAAUUAGGUUUUAAUGACGUUUUAUUUGAAAUGUGAUGCUGCAAACUUAAGCGUGUAUUUGUUGUAAUAGUUGAAUAGCGGGGACCACCUCUGAUUGCCACUGAAGUGACUUCUCCGUAGCGUCUUAUGGCACUGUUCAGUAAAACCUAAAUAAUCUGACAGGUAGUUAGCUAAACACCCAGAGAAGGAAAUUCUACAACUUUCCAACUAGGUUUGGCUUUUUGCGUGGACCACUGUCUCUUCUGCACUUGGGAUAUCUGAAGUCUGUUUCCUUAAAUUGUAAUGGCAAUGCAGUCCUUAAAACUAAAACUGCAGCCCUUUCACUUAGGAGUAAUUGUUGUUGAACCCAGUGGGAUGGACUUCUGAGGAAGCAUGCAUGGGAUUAGACUGUGAAUCUGUUUUUUCUUGUAGAUGUAAUUUAGGUGUACAGUGCGUACAGCACAACAGAGAAGGUGUCUCUUUUCUUUUGUACACUGAAGCAUGGUGCGGGAGAUGGGGCAGUAGCCCCAUGGGUGCUAGUUCCACAUUCUGAAGAAUAUUUAGUAUUGGUCAAGGCCUGAAUAUAUGUUGAUGAUUUAGCCAGUCCUCAGGGUUUUCUAAAUGACUGAGUGCAUAUUCUAAUAGUAUAUCUAUGUACUUAAUAUGUAUAUAAGUAAAAAAAGGUGGAGACUUAAAGAUUAGUUUUCAAGUAUUUCCUAAUAUGUAUGUUUGUUCACCAGAACAAUCCUCCUCUGAAAUCUCGCAGCUUCUCUCUUGCAUCUCAAGGAAGUGGCUCCCCUGGUGUGCAAAGAAGACCCAGCCAAAAUGCAGCUUCCUUUUUUAAUGUUGGGCAUCACAAGCUGCCAGCUGGUAGGAGAAUUCCCAUUUUGCAGCCAGAUCAUUUAAUCGAUGUACGAGAGGUUAGUAUAAUCUUAACUUUUUUUUACCAGUUUCUUGGUUAAGAAGAGCUUGCUUUGGGAAGCAAAUAGUCCCUGUACUAUCUGAAACUCAGCACGAUAAUUGAAUUUAUGAUAAUAGUAAUUUACACAUUGCAGCGUCAAUGACUUAUUCUGGUUAUUUUUCCCUUAAUCUACUCAGGUUGAGGUUGACAGUGAGCAUUGAGCUCAACAUGUGCUCUCAUUCUUCGCUGCCUUAAUCAUGGGUCGCUAGUACAAAACUAGUAAUUGAUAAAUUGCUAUUUCCAUUCUCUAUACUUCUUUAUCUGGGUACCCGGGGGUGAUAGUUGCGACUUAUUCUUAUUUAUUUUACUGUUGGCUUCCUUGAGUAUUUUGUAUGGAAAGGCAAGGUAUAAAUUCAAUAAAUAAAUAAAUAAAUAAUCCUUUCAUGAUGAAAAAGAAAAUCUUACACAUGGAACUAAGGGGUUACAGGUGUUAUCUUGACCUAACAGGGGUGGGGAGAUACCUUACUCUCUGAACUUGGGAUUGGCUCUUUCUUGAAAAGCAAGCUCAGACACUUGGACCAUGAUUCUUUAAAUUAGGAAACUGAGCAGGAAAUACAUGACUAUUUCCAUCAUCACUCCUGUAAUAAGUCUUAGGGCUGGAAUGUAGCACUGGAUGGUGAUGAAAUUCUAUCAGUCUCCCUCUCGUAGCCUCCCUUAUAUUCGUUUGAAUAAGCUGUGCAGUGAAUUAUCUAUGUAAUCUGCUCUCAUUGCUGGCUACAGAAGGUUGAGAUCGCCAUGCAUAAUAGAUCACAUAGCCAAAAAGUAGAGUGACCCAGUUGUGCUCUCAGUACUCUGUCAAGUGAUCAUGGACAAGACGUCCUGUGCUGCCUGCUCAUCAUCUGCUCAAAACAAAGUCGAAAACACUGGAGUUUAGGAUCCAUUGACAUCCCUUUACCCUUGGGUUUUGAGGGGUGAGGAUAUGGUAACUCCUCAUUCCUACUGAGCACCAACUAUGAUGAAAGUCAGGGUGAACCUAGUUCGAACUAUUUCUGCUACUGUGUCUUAACUUCUAGGUUGGUGCUUGGCUUUGCUCCGGCAGUGUUAACCAUACCACAUUUCUGGCUUUCCUCUGUCUAAAAAGAGCAUUAAGAACAAGCAGGACAGAGAACUGGACAGGUUUGAGGCUUCAAGAGGGUGAAGAAUUGUGGUUAAUCUUUGACUGUGGUUAAAACCAAUGCUGAAGUAUUUCAUUCAGAGAGUGGAGGGUGGGGGGGUUAAGACAAGAGGGAGGGUGCAGGACUCUGGAGAUAUGUGAUAUCUUACCUGGUUUCCAUCCCAUCUGAAGCAUCCGCAAAAGAUAAAACUUGUUUUGAGUAGAGAAAAGAAUAGUGCUUCUUUUUAAUAUAGGGCUGAUACUUUUGUGUAGUAGAUUAGUAGCACGAAUGUUUCUUCCAUUCAGGUUCAGCCCAAGACAUUUCACAAUAAAUGGUUGUCUUCUCCACCUCCCCCCCCCCCCCCAAUCCACUGGCCCAACCAAGGCUGUGUUAUUUUGGAAUGCGAGGCAAAAAGGCCCACAAUCGCCUCUCCCUGGCAAUAAAAAUGCAAUACUAAUAAAUUAAAUAACUAAAAAAUUGCUGCCAUAGGUUUCAGCAAAGGAGUGGAAUGUGAUCAUUUAUAUGAUUAUGGUUCUAAAGGAAUGGAUUGGCACCAUCAUAUGGUGCUUUUAAAAAUAGGUUUUGUGUGUGUGUGUGUGUGUGUGUGGUUGCUUAUUUAGUAUGAAUAUGCAAUAUGUUAUUGCUGGUUUGAAUGAGUAGGUUAUCCAAAAAAACUGGCUAGGUGAGUUUAGAUAGAGUUAUUUCCCAAGAUAAUUUGACUAAAGAACCACCUGAGGUCUCAAGCCAUUUCUGCAACGCAAGGCAGGCCCUAUAAUUAGGCAGAGACCUGGGAGGCAAUGGAGGCAGACACACCCACCCCAGAUGUUUUUGCUGAGCCCUUGGCUGUUCCUUUUUGCUGGAAGGCAGGCUACGUAUGACCUGUCCUGUGCCCCCAUAACUAGCCGUUAGCUCUUGGGCAUGGUGAAGGACAUUGUUCCACUGCCUCCACUGAAGUAAGAAGUAGCUUCAUUUAACAAUAUAUAUAGUUUGGAUGUUUGAAGAGUUCAGGGGAUUGGAUGAAGCCUGUGCUCUUUUCAUAAUGUUACGUUGGCACAUUGAAUUUGAAUAACAAGGAGUUUUAGGUAAAUGAGAGUUCAGCUGAUGUUUCACAUGACCCAAACCUCAGCCUUUUGUGCAUUGCUUGCCUGCUAGAUGAUGUCGCAAGCUGAGGGACAGCAGAGAGACUUGAUAAGGAACAUAGAAUGUCUUCCUUCCUCUGGCCAUCUUUCUUCCUUGGACCAAGACCUGCUGAUGCUCAAGGCAACCUCUAUGGCCACAAUGAAUUGCUUAAAUGAUUGUUUCCACAUUCUUCAGCUCCAGCAUGCAUCGCAACAAAAAGGGUCCUUACCUACUGGUGAGUUAUAUUUGCUCUGUCUUCUUCUUUUAAUGAAGCCUUGAUUUGAUCUUUCUCUUCUGUGCAAAAUAGGAAACACAUUUAAAUGCCUUCAGUACUUUGGAGUUCUUACGUUCCCACUUUGCUGCUUGCACUUUAGCAUUUGCCUAUCAUGAGUUUACAUCACUACUUUCAUGGAAUUCACAAUGGUGUACAUGGCGUUCCUAAGUGGUCAACAUCCAGGCACCAGCCAGUCCCAGACCAGACCUGCUUAGUUUCCAAAUGGUGCUGGCCUCAUGUGCCUUCAGAUCAUACCCAAAGGGGAAUGUUCAGUCAACCUAGAUAGCUGCUGCCGCUGAACUUCCCCAGGGUCCUUGUAUGGUGUAACAGCUCAGCUCAGAAUCCAGCACUGUGAUCAGCAGAAGAUGCCAAGUUACCAGUAAUGUUUAUGUCCCAGAUUGACUGUUCUUUUAUUCAAGUUUGUGUAUGUGUUUCUUUUAAUAGGGCAUUAUUAGAGUCUACACACACUAGCUUUUGAGAACAGAAUGGAACAUUUUCAUUAUUGAUGAGGAAUUGUAUCCAUUCCGAUAGACUAGCUGGGGGGUAAUUGGAGACACCAGAAUCAUUAAACGAACGGGUGACAGUUUUCCAAAUGAUGCAGCUUUUAUUUUCAAGCAACUAUUAUUUAUUCAACAGAGAUUUAUUCAGCUGUGCAAAACCAAGUAUUCCCCCCUCUCCCGUCAUUGCUCCAGCAAGACCACUGGCAAAACAUGUGUUCUUUAGUUUUAACUUUACUUCCUAGAAAUAAAUUGCAGUUUGCAAUUGUUUUCCCCUACUGGUGUUGCUAGAAUGUCGAUGCUGCAACCUGUCCAAAGGGAUUACGUAACAACCCAGUCUUAUUGGGUUCUUUAACUGGUGUCUGAUUACACCUUUCGUAACCCCAUCUCCUCCUCCGCAGGAGCAAGUUGUGUGUUUCAUCAUGGCCCAAUCACAGGCAUCAUUCUAAUGACCCGAGGAGGUGGUGUUCUCCUGCACCCAUCUUUGUUUUUUUGUAGCUGCUUGAGCAAGCUCAGUUGCUUUUUAGUCAUUUUGGGGGGAGGGGGGAGUAAAGCUGCUUAAUGACAGUUGCCUUUUUGAAAAACAAAAUACGCUUCUAGAAUAUGAGCAAGUUUCAGCGUAAACUCUCGUUUGCUUCAGGGACAACUAUCAGCUGGUUGGAACCAAAGAUCUCCCUGCCAAACCACUUCAAAAAUGGAGCAGAUCAGAAUUUCCCAGCAGAUCAAAACAAGCCAUCAUCGAUCAGAGAGGAGCAGUCCAUUUCAGGUUCCAGUCAGCUAACCAGGGUAAGCCCCUGUUGUUUGCUUUGGUUUUGGUUUUUUCCUCCUUUACUUAAGAAAUGGGGAUGGCUCAGACUUUUAAUAUACUACUAUUUUGAGUAGGCAUCAUUGAGAAAAAUCAGAGUGUAAACAGUUUCUGUGAGUGUAAACAGGGAAAAGUAACACAGUAUCAAUACAGGUAUCACUUUUUAAGUUGUAGGUUUUUCCCUUCUGUCAUUAACAGGAGGAAAUAUGGAAAAGCGAGCAUUGAUGAAAGGAAUAAUUAAGUAAAUUAUAAUAAAUCCCAUGCAGUUAAAUAUAGUUACAAAGCCAUAAGCAGAUUAAACGGUGAAAACCUUUCCAGGUAUAUGUGCCCAGAUCAGUCAAGAUAAAGUGAGAAUUCAAUUGGAUGUUUUUAAUAUAUAUUUUUUGCCACUUAAUCUAUAGAUACCUUUCGUAAAAAUUAACAGCAGAUUAGAAUAGUAAUGGAGCAACAAGCUAUAAGAUCUCAUUGUAAAACUACAUAUCUGAUCUUAAAAUAUCUUAAAUUGAAAGGAUAUAAUGAAAGCUAUUUAAAAAAUUGUAAUACGACCAUAUUUCAGAAAGCAAACCAUGACCCUUGGCAUGAAUGAAAGUUGUAGUGAACAGGUGCUGUCAUUUCUUCAUUUCCCACAUUAAAAAUGAAGAAAUUUAGUGAUUGCCCAUUUGAUUUAAACUUUACUUAAAGUGUGUGUGUGUUUAAGUUUUUUUAAUGAGUUGGAAGCCAAAGCUAGGAUUUGAAUCAUGGUUGCUUCCAAACAAGAAACUGAGUUACAGAAGUGGAAUACCCUUACUGGAAGAAUGUGAUGCCAGUAUACUUACUGACAGUUCAGCAGCUGUUCGCACCCUGGAGAGACAAUGCAAGAAAAUAGGCUCCCUUUCUCUGCCUGCCCCGUCAUGGCUGCUGCUCCUGUUCUGAUGACUGCUGUUUACAGCUUUUCUUUACUUCUCCCUGGUUACCACCAUACUUUGCUCUAGGAGAUGGCAAAUUCCCACUACACACCCUGUUGCUUGCAGCACUUGAUGGUGUUACUUAGAGGAGUUACUGAAUUGUACCUGAAAAGACCUGGUGCCCAACCCAUUCUUCACUGAGGCAGAAAUCCCCACACACCCAAGCAUUCCUAAAUGAUGAGUGUAACUGAAUAGAAUUCGGAGUGCAGUAUGCCGUGAGCAGGGAACUGCAAGGCUGGGAGAGGAAUACAAGUAAAUACAAAUACAAGCAAAGAAAUAAAUUCAUUUAGUAAGAUGCAACUAGAUGAUUUAAAAUGAAAUCACAUCUCCCUCAUCAGCCAUAGGCAAGAGUCAGUUUCAUAGCCCACUUCCUAUGCUGUUCUUGCUGCCCCCCAACCUCUGCUCCUGUAUUCCCUGUUCCUUAGUAUUCUCUCCCAGUUGCUGGAAUGAGCAAGGCCUGUUGCAAAGCUUUUGAGUUUCCACAAUAGUAGUGUGAAUGUGGCUGUUCUCUCAGCUACUUUUCUGCCCGCACUGGGAUGAAUAUCCACCAUAGUUCCAUCCCAGAAAAAUUAAUUCAGGUAUCCCAGCAGUUCUCAAACUUUCUACCCCCAGGGUCCACUUGAGAGGACUGAAGGCUACCACUUACAAAACUGUUGGGUCUCAGGGGCAGAAACAAUUACAAAAUGGUGGCAGGUAGAGACGGAGACAGGCAUAAUCAGCUGGCAGUUACUGACACCGCUCUUCAUUGAUAUCUAAUUCCACUUCAGAAAUCUCUAAAUUCCCUGGCAGAGCGAUUUCCUUGUGGCAAGAAGUUCCGCUGUACAGAUACUGGCCCUGAGGUGAUAUGACUCAGCCUGCCCGUUUUAGGUAGAAUUUGCUGAUUCAGAGGCUCUAGAUGGAGAAGUCUUUUUAUAUUAUACUCUCCCCCACCCCAUUUCAAAGUCUUUAUUCAUCUCCUGUUAUUUCUUCUCCUUUAACACUUGUGCCUUAUCUACCUAAGCUGCCAGUUUUUCCUUUCCUCCUCCCUUACCCUUUUAUGUUCACUUCUUUCUUCUGCAACAGCUUUCCUCUCAUCUCCUUUCCGUUUCCAGUUGCUACUUAUUUUUAAGUACAGUGGUACCUCGGGUUAAGUACUUAAUUUGUUCCGGUGGUCUGUUCUUAACUUGAAACUGUUCUUAACCUGAAGCACCACUUUAGCUAAUGGGACCACCUGCUGCCGCCGCACGAUUUCUAUUCUCAUCCUGAAGCAAAGUUCUUAACCCGAGGUACUAUUUCUGGGUUAGCGGAGUCUGUAACCUCAGGUGCCACUGUAUUAGCCUUUUGCAUCUCUAAUUUCCUUCCAUUCCUCUUGCCCUUUCCUCUCAGAGAAGGGAAAACUCCCUUUCCUCCCCAGCCGCAACUCUGACUCCCGCCCAUCUUUCUCGGCAAGGAAUUGCUGGUACUGGCACCAGUCCAACCAAAAUGGCAGGGGCAGGGCGGGCAAGUGAGGAGACACAGUGUGGGCUGUGUCAGUGAGGCCCACUUGAAAGUGCAGUUGGACCCACUGACAUUCCCAGACCUACUGUUGAAGAAUCGUUGUCACAGCCUAAAAUACUGAUGCAUUUUGGCGCCUGUAGAGAAAGCAGGGAAGAGGGGGGUAAUAUUUUUGCACCUUUCCGAGGAACUAUUAAAGGAAGAUGUCUACUCAGUAUAGCUUUGAAGGGCACUUCAAAUGGGACAUAGGAACAAUAAGCAUUCACAGUUACUCUAUUCUAUAAGCAGUCUCUAUUAAUAUCACUGACAAAUAUUUUGUGGAAUAUGGAGGGUAACUCCUGGGUCCGUAUGUUUGAAAAGGCUUUGCUCAUUUUGAUAGAUACCAUAGUGGUUAAGUGGUUAAGACUCCUUGUUUAUUCAGAAUGUUACCUGCCUUUCACCACAAGGUUCCAGAGUGGGAUACAGCAAUUUAAAAUACAGUAUUAAAAUUAAUUAAAAACAAAUACUUGGUGUGCCUUAUCUGUCUUUGUCUUCAGUCUGCCUCUUCCAAGGUGAGACAUGAUACUGAAUAUAUCAUUCCCUCUCUGCCAUUGGAGCUAAUAGACCUUUGAGUCUGGCAGGCCAGGUCAACUUACUAAAUACUUCUGCUAUGCUUGUUCUAUAGCCAAUUUGUAGUUGGCUAUUCCACUUAGGACAAGCAGGAAUUCCUUCUGGGAGAGUAAACUUCAUAUCCUGUGAUACAUGGAUACAGGCAGGCUAUACUUCAUUUAUUUCUUUUUUGUGUGUUGGCACAUUUUAUAUUCAGGGCAAGUCUGUCAGAGAACUUUUACUGUUCCCACUUUUUUCCAUCUGUAAUACUUGAAGUCAUCAUUCUACAUAGGAGAAACCGAGGAUCAUUAGCAUUAAACAUAACAUAUGCUACUCCUCUUAUUUUUGUUUUACAUUUAAUUGUUAUUAAAGUGGGUUUUUUUAAUUUCCCACUCAGUGAUUUUGUCUUGUUCAUUUCAGGAAACUGACAGCAAGUACUAGAAAUAUAAAAAAAUUGUUCCAUCAAAGGCAAAAUAUGAUCAUACCUAUCUGUUAAGCAGGUCUAUCAGCUGAAGUUAAAAUGCAAUUGAUGAAACACCCAGCUUUUAAUUAACAGAUAAAGUAAAUGUACAUAUUACCAAAACCCUGAGUGUGUUUGAGAUCAUUAAAGAAUGCUCCUGGACAGCAUAAGAACUUGUAAGCAAAGGCUACUGUUCAUUGCUGAACCAUCUUUAUUUAUUUUUUAUCAAUGUAGAAAUCCAGAUUGUAUAAUAAUUCCUAUUUUAAUAGCACCCUAGAGACACAAAAAAUGAGCAUAUUGAAAUCCCACCCAUAUUGCAGAAGAGAUACACUGACAUUGGUUUAAACUGAGUGCUGUCAGCUUUACUAGCUUGUGUCUCUUAUUCCUAGAAGUGAAAUCAUACAUAUGGGCUAGUUUUGUAGAGAAACUAAAAAUAAAAUUUGUGGGUUUUUUAAAAAUAAAACUUCCAUAGGGAGAAGAGAGCUAGUGUGUCUGUGGAGGAUGAACAGUGAUAUUCUCUUCAGUCAGCCCGAGAAAUUAGUUAGGAUGUUUAAUUGGGACUAAGUCUUUCUUCUGAUUUGUCAUUCUCAGGAUCACACUAUUAACUGAAGCUUGCAGCCUUAACUGUUGUUAAGUGGCUUGUUCGGUAUCACUCCUACAAAUGAUGUCGCUUGAGACAUGAGUGAUUAUCUGUGAGGUUUGGGAGGAUGACUGAACCGUCGUGCUUGGGAGGAAGAGGGAUUAAGUUAUACAGCCCAGAUAUUUAGGGCUGGUAAAUUAUUUGAAGUGUCAUUUGUUUUUGGAAUUUACACUAGGAACCAGAGGAAAUAAACCCAGAUGAGGAGAUAGAGGAUACAUGUGAACUUAAAGAGGAUGACCUUGGAGCCGUGGAAGAACAGCGUAGCGUUAUCUUGCAUCUCCUGUCUCAACUCAAACUUGGCAUGGACUUAACAAGAGUAAGUGACUGAAACAUUAAUCUUCUUGAAAUUGAGAGGGAAGUGCUUCUGGAACUGAAGGCUGGCCCAGCCACAUCUGGAUUUGCACAGACAACUUAAUUAACUUGGAAUUAAGCCUUUGCUCCCCUUCCCACAAAAAAGCCCUCGCUGAAGACAUUCCUACCAGCUGAAUUUAUAUCAGCUAGUUGAACUGCGCUCUCAGAAUUGUUUAUUUAGGAAUUCUUUUGGGUAAUAAGGAAUCUGCUCAGUGUGUGUGUGUGUGUACUAGUUCCAUCUCACCCCAGGUUGUCGUUCCUGUUGACCACCAUGGACUGCAAUGGGAAGCUUCCUGCACUUGUGGAGGCUUGGUGUACAUUUCAGAGCCCUGGAAAAUCAGGGUUCUAGAACACUCAGGGAGCCCCAAUAAGUGUAAGUGAUGCCUUAGCUUUAGACAGCCACCCUCCACCUAAAGAAGAGGGGGGAGAGGAAGUAUUUCAUAGCGUUUUCAGAAUACACAAAGUAACAUGUCUUCCUCUUGUUUGCGCUAGUUAAGGUUGUGCUCUUUGCUUAGAAAAGCGUUAUACCCUUAUCCCAUCACUUGCAAUUCGAAGCUUUAGGUGUGCUUCAUGCCUUUCUUUCUUUUCAGGUGGUACUCCCCACUUUUAUAUUAGAGAAACGCUCUUUGCUGGAAAUGUAUGCUGACUUCAUGUCCCACCCAGAUCUCUUCAUUGCGAUUUCCAGCGGCGCCAGCCCCGAGGAGAGGAUGAUCCGCUUUGUGGAAUAUUACCUCACUUCCUUUCAUGAAGGUCGCAAAGGGGCGAUAGCGAAAAAGCCAUACAACCCGAUCAUCGGGGAAACGUUUCACUGCUCGUGGAGGAGCCGAGUACCGUCCGACACGAGUAGUAACUCUUCAUCCCAUUCCCUCUCUGAGCAAGGGACUGUCUCAGAAGAGUCACAGGAACAAGCAGAAUCGGACUACCACACAGUCAGAUUUGUAGCGGAACAAGUGUCCCAUCACCCUCCAGUCUCAGGGUUUUAUGCCGAAUGUGUAGAAAGGAAUAUGUGUGUCAAUGCUCACGUCUGGACUAAAAGUAAAUUCCUAGGAAUGUCAAUAGGAGUGACUAUGGUUGGCGAAGGUAAGUGGAGAACGCUGCAAUUAGCCACUUGCCACAAUAGGCUCACUCACAUUUGGUCGGUUUCACAGUGUGUCUUUCACCACUUGUGCUUUACUUGUCAGCUAACCCAGUAUCUUCCAAUCUUUUUCCAACUGUGGCCCCCUUCCGACCUUGUUCCUUCCUGUGGCCUGCCCAUGGACAUAGCCGGGGGGGCAGCUGUGUGCUGUGGCCCCCCAGGCCUGUGCCCCCCUGGAAUAUCCUGGGGGCCCCCAGGGGCCAUAUGGGCCCUGGUUGGGAAGCACUGAUCUAACCUGUGAAGAUGGGGCUCCAUGGUGUCAGAGAUGCUCAGGGAUGGCCAUGUCAAGAGCUCAUUGUGCUUCACUGUUCAACAGAGCAACUAAGUUUCAAACAGAUUGUCUGCUCUACUCUCUGGGAAAAAGGCCCAGGGCAUUUAGGCACCCGUUGGAUUCCAUUAAUCUCCAGUGGUGGGGGUGGGCCCUCCAAUUCAGUACCCCACCCCUGCAGGCGUGGAUCAAAGCCAUUAGACCAUACUUCACCAGAAAGUGGUUUGACUGUGAGCCCCCUGCUACUUCCAGACAACCCCUUCCUCCAUCUGGAGCAAAGACCAGAUUGAGGGUGUGCCCUGGCCAGUGUGUUGGGUCACUAAUAACUUGGGACAGCCCCAUGGCUGUCAUGGAGGCCAUGAAGUCCUGAAAAGGAACACCUGAAGCAUCCUCUGCAUGGAUGUUGACAUCAUCCAGGACUGUUGUUAGGGGUUCUUCCAUCACCAUGCCCAUCAGCUUGGUCAGAUAAGCUGGUGAGCAGCAGAGUAGAUGGUAAACCAGCAGUGACCCUUGCUGACUGUCUUCUUGGCCCAACAACAGGUACAGGCCCCAACAACCAACUCCAAGACAGGGUUUUUUUCUGGUGAUGUAGGUGGAAGUACUAUGGGCCACAUCCACUCCAUUGCCACCCUAUCUCUGUAGCUUGUGCUGAUGCUGUAGUCAGGUGGGCAGAGCUGAGUCAGAUCAACUCCCAGCUUGCCCACCCAGGUCUCAUAUGCACCAUGGACUGGCUGAUGGCCACAGCAGAUGAACCACCAGGAACCCAGCCAUGGGAGAGGUGGGAGAAAGAAUCAAGGUGUAAAUAGCCUCUCCCUCAACUUCAGUGAUAACUUGUCUCCCAUAACCAUUUCUCACCCUAACCAUGUUGAGCUCUUCACAAGCCCACAAUAUAAAUAACAGCCCAACAACAAAAAAUGUACUACCACCCAUCAGUUAUCCCAGAAGGUAUCUAGCUGGUUAAGAACAGCUUUACUAAAAGCAUGUACAAACCACCCAGUCCCUGCCACACUCCAAUCCUGCCUCAUAUUCACAUUGCAGGCUCUUGCCCUGGGAGAAUCUGGCAACUUUCUCCAGUCAUACAAUUCACUGUCCAGGUUCUCACCCUGUGCAAGAAGCACAGACACCUUAUGAGGAAUGAACUCCUUUAGUGUCACCCUUUUGGUGGCAAGCCUACCACCCAAGGGCAGCUGAGCUUUUAUGCCCUCUGACCCAGCCAGCUGCUGAUGCAACAGACUACAAGAUUAGGUCUCCUUCCAAGGGCAACCUCUCUUUGGUCUCUUGGUCAGAGAAGAAGACAAGGCUCCAGUCCUGUCAGAAUUUACAGGGGACCUCAGUUGUUUUAGGAGCAGCUGGGACAAAGUUCGGUAAUCUUGUAGCACAUGAAAAUGAUAAAAAAAGUUUGUCUCCAGAUGAUGUAUUUUGUGUCUUCUUUUAUGAUGCCUAUGUCCUGGCCUAGUAUGCAUUCCAUUCAGUAUCAACAGUUUCUUCUUUCCUUCUUUUGCAUUGCGCAUUUCUGUUAAUUUCAGAUAUUUCCUACAGAAUUUCAGGCGCACAGACCCCUUUUUCUGAAACUGUUGCUUUGCUCUAGUUCCUUGUGAGAGGCAAUGCCAUCCAUCUUGCACCCAAAACUAAUCUUACUCCAUUGCUCAACAUUAUACAGUGGAGACAUUUUUUGUAAUGUAGAGUUGUUUUGACAAGUCACAGUAAGACAUAGAUACCAGCAAGCCUCAGAAAUGUAGAGGAAUUGUGAUGGGGGGGGAAGGGUCAUAGGCUUUACUGUUCUAAACUAUGUUGGCCUCUUAAGUAGAAAAUGCAAAUGGAGAUGAACCCAAUUAAUUUUAUCUCUCACAGGAAAACAGGGGGUAUAUCUUCUGUCUUUACAAUUAAUGAUCGUAAUUUCCUAACAUAUAUACUAUGGGUUGUAUAUACAACAAAGUCCUGUUAGAGCAAGGAUUUCCACCUAUGCAAUAGGACUUCUUCCCAUCUAUUCCAAAGAAUCUCCCAACCCUCCAGAACAUAUUUGCAGGCGCGUUGGGGGGGGGGGUCGUCUCAGGGGAAGAAGUUAUAUUGCACAGGAAAAAGUCCUUGCACUAACGGAACAGCAACUGAUUUUAAUCUUUCUAAUAUGGUUUUUGCUGCAUGCUUUUAUGUACUUUUGUUGUAAACCACUCUGAUAACUUUAUAAAAUAGCAAUAUAUAAAUAUUUUUAUAAACAAACAAGCUUGGUUGGAUACAACCCUAUACUGUUUGUGCAAGUAGCUCCUCUGUGAGUUAAAAGAAAAGGGCUGUUGUCACCUUAAGUAUAUCAUUGAUGAUACUAAAUGGUUAAAAAAAUGUCCUGGUUCUCUGCAUCCUCUAAUAUAAAUAUGGGGAGUAUGAAUUAUUUGUUUCUGUUAUUGUGGAGAUGAUGUGCAUCUCUCUUGUCUCGCAGGUAUUUUAAGUCUCUUGGACCAUGGAGAGGAAUACACGUUUUCUCUGCCUUGUGCAUAUGCUCGGUCAAUUCUGACUGUCCCUUGGGUAGAACUGGGAGGAAAAGUCAGUGUUAAUUGUGCAAAAACGGGAUACUCUGCAAGUAUUACUUUCCAUACCAAACCAUUCUAUGGCGGCAAGCUUCACCGGUAAGUAUUUAUGGUUGGCAGGCGUUUUGUAUAAUGUAGUGCAGAAUCAAUUGCAGGUAACUUUCUUAUGGGAAUGGCAUCUUUCCAUCUUCCUCUUUUGAGCUGGAUGUUGUAAAAACGAAGUCCAUGUAUGCUGCUGCUGCUGCUGCUGCUGCUGCUGCUACUACUACUGAUCUAAGCAAGCCACUUCACCACUUUGUUCUGAAAACUUGAGAAGGACAUUUAAAAGGAAGCUAAACCUUUUCUGAAAUACUUUUGGUGCUUGCUGGAAUGUUGCUUUCAAGUCAAAGAGUCUCAGUAUCUCGAAAAGGAUCUUCAGAGAAUUGUAGAGUUGGAAGGGGUCCUCAGGGUCAUCUAGUCCAACCCCCUGCAGUGCAGGAAUCUCAACUAGAUUUUCAGCGUCUAAAACCACCUUGAUUUAUUUAACUAGUUAAAUAUUUGCAAAAGAUUGAUUGAACUCUGGCCCCUGGCAGGGAAGUAGUGGGAAAUAAUAGCAGAAUGUUAUGUAUUGUGUUGUGCUAUUGAAAUUGUGCUUCCUAAUAUUAUGCUUCUAUAUCAAGUGCCCUGAGAGAGCAUUUGCCUUGAAAGAUGGCCAAUAACUAUUUCAAAUACAUCAAAGCACUUGUCUGUAGUUUCAAUUACCAAUGGGACUUUGGAUUAGUGUUUAUCUGAGCUUUUUUGUAGUCAUAAGUACAAGAGAGAGAAAAUGCUGUCAUAGUGACUCUGCUGCUAGUUCAUAUUGUAAUGAAAAUAAUGUCACUAUAGAUUUUUCAGAGAACUUUACUAUUAAAUACUUUUUAUUGAGCGGAACUGUAUUGUGCACAGCUGAUUUGCUGAGGCAGAAGGUGGCUUCCAUAGUACAAUUUGCAUUUGCUUAGGUUUAAAAUAAUGCUAGGGAAACAUCUGGUUUCAGGGAGUUUUACCUAAAAUAGAAUAUAAUAUCUAGACACUAUUUCAUAUUUAGUAUUGGUUGGUAUUGGUAUUUUUAACAGGAUGUUGGGAAAACUGCAUACUUCUCUGUAAUCCAAAAUCUGCAAUACUUCUCUGUAAUCAGCUUGUUAAGGUAGCAGUGGCCAACCAAUAGCCUUUCAAGAGGUUGUUGGACUGCGGCUCCCCUUAUGCCUGACCAUUGGCCAUGCUGGUUGGGACUGAUGGGAGUUGGAGUCCAGCAACAGCCAGAGGGCUACAGGGUAGCCACCCUUGUUGCAGAGGAACGUUUAUCCAGUCUAAUGUAUUCCUAUCUUAGAAAGCUUAGAGGAGACCACCAGAAACUCAUCUAGCAUUGAAUUGUAAGCAAAAUGCUCUCUUUUUUUUGGUACGCUAGAUUUGGCAAAUUUGGUGAAGUUCCCAUUAAACUUUGUUGUUCAGUAUUAAUUGGCAAGCCACAUACUUAACUCACUCUCUCUCUCUCUCUCUCUCUCUCUCAACCCUCCAUGGCAUGAAAUUCUUGAGCUGCCAUCGAUAGAAAACAAUGAUUUUUAAAGAAGUAAAAUGCAAGAGAUGAGUGCAAAAAUAAUUAGUGGGCUCCUAAGUUUACUAUUUUGUUUCUUUUGAAAACUGUUUUGAACUAGCUGCACAGUUAAACAUUAGAAAUGUAGCUUUUUAAAACACAUUUGCAAAGAAGAUGACGAGCACUCAAAUCUUGCUGUACUAGAACUUGCAUGUAUUCCUCUGUUUCUAAAAAGAAAUAACACAAUGUGAGCUGUAUCCCAACAUGAAUACAGAGCGUGGGCUAAUCCAGCUAUUGUCACAUUUUACUUUUUGAAUGCUGUUUUUUUAGGGUUACCGGUGAGGUGAAACAGAAUGCUACCAACACUGUUGUCUGUAGAGUGCAAGGGGAAUGGAAUAGCAUCCUUGAAUUCACCUACAGCAAUGGAGAGACAAAAUGCAUGGACUUGACAAAGCUGUCUGUCACAAGAAAACGAGUCCGACCCAUUGAGAAACAAGGGGCAUUUGAAUCCAGGUAAGAGAAGUUCUUUUAUGUUUUCACAAUUAACACUUACUGAGUACACUUAGAUGCCUGCAUUUCUUUUUCAUUCAUAUUUGUGGGAGCCAAAGUGGUUUUUUUUAAAAAAAAAAGUGUUAGGAAAACCUAAGGAAAACCAAAAUGAGCAUAGGAGGCUCUCUCAAAAAAUGGCCCAGAGAAUUAGAGGUUCUUCACAGAGUGGUUUGGCACUUUCGUUAAAUGUGGCUGCACUGAGGUUCUCCACUGCUGCCAUGCAUUUUUAUUCUUCACUUGGGUAACAGCUAUAUUCUAUAUUGCACUGCAAGUUCCUCAUAAUUUUUUCUGGAGAGAAAGCCCUUCCAGGAUACGGUGGCAGUUCCUUCUUGCCUUUCAGUUCACCUUAUUCUUAAUCUGAGAGGAGCCAAGAUUAUAGCUGUGAAUUCUGCUCAUGUGCUGCAAGUAUUGACAACACACUGACCUGCUAAGAGAGCUUGAAGUCAGCUGUACCUUUUUUAAUUCAGGAAGCUGUGGCAACAUGUGACAGAGUCUCUGAGGGACGGGGACAUUGAUAAGGCGACAGAGCAUAAGAAAGCACUUGAGGAACGGCAGAGAAAUGAAGAACGACUCCGGGCUGAGACAGGAGAACCAUGGCAAACUAAGUACUUCGUCAAAGAUGUAAGUAACUCGACACAAGUUGAAUAUUUAAAAUGGCAACCUUCCAGCAUGUCAUAGGGGCUACUGCUUGCCUCUGUAAAUAUAAAAAAUAUUCUCUGCUUAGUUCUUUGCAUUUUUUUGAAAAGCUCACAUAUAAACAGAAGAUAGUUGAAUAGAAAUAGCCUCUGCUGGAACAUUUUUCUUGCCACUUUAUUUUAUAGAUUAAUGCCUUCACUUCAGUUUCUCUACAUGCUCAAUGUAUAUGCUUCUUUUUGGAACUGAACUGCAGUUUUGGCUUCAUAUUAAUAAGACACAUUUGCAACAAUCCUGUCUAGUAGGUUAGCAUUAUAAUCCUUAUCUUGCAAGCAUAAGAUAUUGUGAUUUGUCUGUGGCUGAGAUUUGAACAAGGGAUCUCCUAAUAUGAACUAUUAGCUGCUAUGGUGAAGAAUCUCUAGCGCCCAAGGAGGAAGUCCAAAAUUAGGCUUUCUUGCCUUGUAAGGGCCAGACUAUACACUGACUCAGUUCAUCUGUAGUUCAGCGUUGGAGCAUCUGACUUGUAUGCAGAAGGGCCUAAAUUCAAUCCUUUGCUUCUCCAAGUAGGACUGGGAAUGUUCUUAUCUGAAACCUUGCAGAGCCACUGCCAAACAAUGUGGGCAAUUUUGAGCUAGAUGGAUCAAUAGUCUGGCAUAGUGUAAGGCAGCUUCCUGGAAGAACAUAAAAAGAGCCCGUCUACUCCUUCCUGUUCUCACAGUAGCCAAUCAGAUGCCAGGGUGAGAACAAUGGUCACCUGUGUUUCUAGAUGUAUUAGAAAGCUCUGGUUUUCUUCUAAGGGGGUCAUAAUGAACCUUAGGCAUAUAUAGUCCCCUUCCAACUCUCCAGUUUUGUACCUGUAAAUUCAGCUUCUGAUUUGAAAUUUGUGGGUUUCCUGAAGGUAUCCAAACUCAGGCAACUGUGGCUUGUUUAAACUGUGGAUAGUGAGAAGGAUCAAAUUGUGGUUUCAGAUAUUAUGGUUAUGGUCAGUCUCUGGGCAGUAGUGUACUACUCAGUUCUUAGGACAAUUAGCAUUUGCCAUUGAAUUUACAUGGAGAAUUUUUCUUCAACUAAGUAAUCUUGUUCUCUGUUUGAAUUGCAGGGAGAGGGCUGGGUUUAUUAUAACCCUCUUUGGAAAAGAAUGCCUGCUGUACAAAAUCAACCAGCAGACACAAACUAGAUGACAUUUCUUCAAAAUUAUUCUUCUCUUUUGUUCUAAUCCCUACAACUUCCAAAAUGCUGUGUCUCACUAACAGUCCUUUGGGAUUUUUAUACAAUUGCACAAAAUUAAGUAAGCAUAAUGGAAUAAACUACUAGGGCACUUUAAAGUUGCAGAAAAUCAAAAGAUAGCGAGAGAGAACCUUGCCAGGUAUGUCUUCUCCCCCCACUUCAAAAAACAUUUUAUAUGGCACUGAAGAUUUUAUCUGAACUGUGUAUUGUAUUCUUUCUAAGCACACCUACUGCAAAAGCUGCCUAAGAUGUUUUAUAUAUCUAUAUAUAUAUAAAAUCUUCUAGAAACAGUAGCAUUCAGAGCUGCUAUGCUGUUCUGCCCAAGUGGAAUUGCUUCUGGAGUAAUAGCUGAACAGUUCUUCCCAAUCUGUGCUCCAUUUCCCACUUGUUUCUGAACUACUCAGUGCCCAUAUAGAGAAACACCUUUUGCUGCUCUGAAUUAUUAUUCCUGCUGAAAACCUUGAAGAGGAAGCUCUUCAUGUUGACCUUGGAAUCAGUGUUAUUGAACUGUCUGGAUCAGGACUUGACACUUCUUUUUUUAAUUAUUCUUCGGAGGCAAUGUGCGCAUGGCUGUGGAAGAAUGAGGGAGUCACGUAAACCUCACCUUUUUAAAAAAACAAACAAAAAACCCUCCCCCCCACAACAUUCUAAAGUAGAUUAGAAUUGUAACUAUGGGGUGUUUCCUAUAUGUGAAAGAGUUGUGGAGAGAAAGGUGGAAGGAGAAGCGUAAAAUUCAGAACAAUUUUGAGCUCUAGAAUUUCCCUUAACCUCCCCCCAGCUUCAUUUCCUUAGCAAACUGCUGUAAAUACCCUGAAGAUGUUCUGUCUCUUUGAAGAGACUGAAGCUCAGACCUGACUGAUGUGUCCUUUUUUAAAUAUCUAUAUAUAUACUUCAUUGCCCCCACUCACUGUUCUCCAUGGAUCAUCUCUGAGACAGAGUCAGUGUUGCAGGUUGCCCAGACAAGUGAUUUCAUUUGUCUUCUGUGUAAGUUCCGAGUCAGACAUCUUUGUGUCCCCGCUGAGUACAAAGACCGUCACUUUGGUUUUUCUACAACACCUGAGAAGGCUUGUUUUUUUGCUAUGGGACUACAUACAAAACCAGUUGCAAUCUGAUACCGGAAAACCAUGUUCAGGUAAAAUCGUCCAUUGUUUUUUAUGAUACCAAUAUUUUAUUGAAGUCUAAGAAUUGCUGGCAAUUAAGAAUAGUACUGAUUUAUGGCUUUCAUUCUUGUUACUACAAGCUACCUUAAUUUUUCUAAGAGUGGUGCCUUACUCUGUUUCUUCUGAUGUAGUCUUCCAAUCAGUGUAUAUACCAUUAUCUGUCAUCUUCUGGUUUGUGUCAACAGUGGGGCCUCUCCCUGCCAUCAUGAAAACCUUCAAACUCUGUGUGUGCUGGUCAAGUGUGUUUAGUUUUUUUCUUCCAUAUUAAGGGAAAAGGUUAUCCGAAUGCACCCGAGAGUGGUUAAGUAAUCACCCUCAUUUUCCACAAAGUCUGAAAAGUGUUGGGGGGAAUUGGGGGGGGGGGUAAUGCACAUGUGUUAAGAUUCCCUUGUACUUUUUUUUUUGCUGUGAAAUGCACUGAAAUCUUAAUGCGACUAGUGUACAAUUCCAUGUGUGAGAAAAUGGGGAGGGAAGGAAAUAAAGCUACCAAACGGAA